GCCUGCGCAUCUGGAGAUGUUUGAAAGCAUACAAAGGAAUUGCUGGAGCAAGCAGAAGUGAAAAAAAAAAAAACCUCUCAAGAAGAAAGUGAAGAUGUGCUCAUAAAAAGAAAAGGAGAAAACGGAACAAAGACGUUUUACAACUUAAAUCUCUCUCUCCCUCCCUCGAGAUAUCUUGGACCGAGAAGGACUACAAGGAGAGAAGAGAAACUGCAGAAGAUGAAGGCAAAUGUUUCUUUCAGGGUUGUGGACUGCGUUUUCAAAAUCCUCCUGCUGCUGCUCUCCAUUUUAAAUCCAGCUUCUGCACCUCCACCUCCCACCUUCAGGCUCUCGGAAGAGGUAGAGGGCAGGGACCUCAUCCCAUCACCCAUCAUUAAGUUUCCUGGUGAUGCUUCCCCCAAAACAGACAAAGAACUGGCGUUCCAAUACCUCAACAAGUAUUAUGGAUGUCCCAAAGAUAAUUGCAACCUACUCGUCCUGAAGGACACUUUGAAGAACAUGCAGAAGUUCUUUGGGCUCCCUCAGACUGGAGAACUGGACCAAAACACUAUAGAAACCAUGAAAAAACCCAGAUGUGGCAACCCAGAUGUGGCCAAUUAUAAUUUCUUCCCCAGGAAACCAAAAUGGGAGAAAAACCUUAUCACAUACAGGUAG